CCCCCCCCCCCCGAGAACCAUGGCGACCAACAUCGAGGAGAUUUUCCGCUCGUUCGUGGUCAGGAAGAUCAAGGAGAUCGAAGACGAGAAGCUGCAGAGUGGGACCAUAGUCAACCAAACAAAUGGUGAAGGAAACACUGUAGUGGAGGGGAAGGUUCCAGAAGAAGUGACUUCCACAACUGGGGAUACACAGGAAGAAUCAAUUGUUAAUCAGAUAGAUGAAGUAAUGCCUGUGUUUUCAGAAGAACAGCAAAAUGGUAAUCCUGAUAAUAAAGAGAAUCUGGCGAUGGACAUUGACGUGGAAGCAGAGCAAAUAAAAUGCUCAUCUUCAGAUGACAAAGGGGAAAGUGCAACUGCCAGAAAGAAAAGCAAGAAACACAAGCACAAGCAUCACCACAAGCACAAAAGUAAAAAGAAGAAGAAGAAAAAGGAAAAACACAGGGACUCCUCAAGACCUCGCUCAGGAACCCGUUCAGGUUUAAAAUCGAGAUCUGGUUCACGUUCAAAAUCGAGGUCUCCUUCAAGAUCCCGAUCAAAGUCACCUUUAAACAAUGAGGUUAACAGCAAAAAGGAAAGCCAGAGUCAGAAAGCUCACUCUUCACCAGAGAAGCCUCCACCAGAGGCACUAGUCGAAAAGUUAGUGGAGUUAUCACCAGAGAGGUUGACGAAGACCCCACAUGGGAGGUUGAAGGAGAUCCCACAGGAGAAAUUAGUGGAGACGUUAGUGGAGAACCCACUAGAGAAAUUGGUGAAGACCCCACCACAGAGGUUAGUGGAGGCACCAUCGGAGACAUUAGUGGACACUCCAGUGGAGAAGUUGGAGGAGACACCAGGUGAGACCUCACCAGAGAGGUUGGAGGAGACCCCACAGGUGACUUUAGUGGCGACUUCACCAGAGAGGUUGGCGGAGGCACCAACGGAGAAUUUAGUGGAAAGCCCACCAGAGACAUUAACGGAGAUGUUAGUGGAGAGCCCACCAGAGACGUUACUUGAGGCCCCACCAGAGACGUUAGUGGAGAUGUUAGUGGAGAGCCCACCAGAGACGUUAGUGGAGAUGUUAGUGGAGAGCCCACCAGAGACGUCAGUGGAGAUGUUAGUGGAGAGCUCACCGGAGACGUUACUGGAGGCCCCACCAGGGACGUUACUGGAGGCCCCACCAGAGACGUUACUGGAGGCCCCACCAGAGACGUUACUGGAGACCCCACCAGAGACGUUACUGGAGACCCCACCAGAGACGUUACUGGAGGCUGCACCAGAGACGUUACUGGAGGCUGCACCAGAGACGUUACUGGAAGCCCCACCAGAGACGUUACUGGAGGCCCCACCAGAGACGUUACUGGAGGCCCCACCAGAGACGUUACUGGAGGCCCCACCAGAGACGUUACUGGAGGCCCCACCAGAGACGUUACUGGAGGCCCCACCAGAGACGUUACUGGAGGCCCCACCAGAGACGUUACUGGAGGCCCCACCAGAGACGUUACUGGAGGCCCCACCAGAGACGUUACUGGAGGCCCCACCAGAGACGUUACUGGAGGCCCCACCAGAGACGUUACUGGAGGCCCCACCAGAGACGUUACUGGAGGCCCCACCAGAGACGUUAUUGGAGGCCCCACCAGAGACGUUACUGGAGGCCCCACCAGAGACGUUACUGGAGGCCCCACCAGAGAAGUUACUGGAGGCCCCACCAGAAACAUUACUGGAGGCCCCACCAGAAACGUUAGUGGAGGCCCCACCAGAAACGUUAGUGGAGAUGUUAAUGGAGAGCCCACCAGAGACGUUAGUGGAGAUGUUAGCUAAGAGCCCACCAGAGACAUUACUGGAGGCCCCACCAGAGGCAUUAGCAGAGAUGUUAGUGGAGACCCCGCUAGAGAGGUUAUCGGAGGCACCAGUGGUGAAGUUAGUGGAUAUCCCACCAGAGAGGUUGGAGGAGAUCGUAGUGGAGACCCCACCAGAAAUGUUAGUGGAGACCCCACCAGGGAAGUUAAUGGAGAUGUUAAUGGAGACCCUACCACAGAGGUUAGUGGAGGCCCCAGCGGUGAAGUUACAGGAGACCUCAGCGGAGAAGUUGGAGGAGAGGUUGGAGAAGACACUUGAGAAGUUAGUGGAGACCCCACUAGGGAAAUUGGAGGAGACUUCACCACAGAGAUUAGCGGAGGCACCAGCGGAGAAGUUAGUGGAUACUCCAGCGGAGAAGUUGGAGGAGACACCAGUGGAGACCCCACCAGAGAGGUUAGAGGAGACGUUAGCGGACACCCUACUAGAGAGGUUACUGGAGGCACCAGCGGAGAAGUUAAUGGAGACGCUGCCAGAGAGGUUGGAGGAGACCCUACAGGAGAAGUUAGUGGAGACCCCACCAGAGAAAUUGGUGGAGACCCCACCACAGAAGUUAAUAGAGGCACCAGUGGAGAUGUUAUUGGAGAACUCACAGGAGAAAUUAGAGAAAUUGAAGAACAACACUGAGAUAAAGAAGGAAAUUAUAGAAGAAACAGCAGCUGAUGUUGAUUCAGUUGUAAGCAUGAACACCAGCAAAGAACGCUCUACAGCUGAAAGUAAACCAUUAUCACAGGACAAUUGUGACAAAGAGGUACGGCCAAGAGAGAACACUGCUGCAGUCAGUAUUGUGUCUGCACAAUGUCUGACUGUUGGAAAUGUCCCUGGAUUAGAGUCUUCAGCGGCUGUGAGUGAAGACAAACCACAAUCUAAAUCAAAGGAUUUGAGCAAAGUUUCAGACAAUGCACCGUCCAAAUCUACCCACGCCAUCGAAAACAAAAGUAAAAGCGAGAGAGCCGAAAGAAAGAGAACAAAAAGGAGCCGCUCAAGAUCUCGCUCGAGAUCGAAGAAAAGGUCCACCCCAUCGCAUUCCCACUCUCAGCGUUCUCCCUCGAGGAGAACAAGCGCAAGGUCAAGCAGCAGACAUCGUACAUCAGGGCGAUCAGACUCCAGGAGGAAGCACUCGCGAUCACGACAGAGAUCAAAGUCCACCUCACGGGAAAAGAGAAAACACACCGAGACUUCUCCCAAGUCAAAAAGGAAGCAUUCCAGAUCGAGGUCAUCCGAGCCCCGAUCACACAGACGUAGAUCACAAUCAAAGUCACGAUCCGCAGUGAGGAACGAGAAGCGAUCAAAAUCGAGGUCACACUCGGCAUCAAGGAGCAAACGACGUUCCAGGACAAAAUCACCUCCCAGGUCGAGUUCGCGUUCAAAGCACAGGAAAGGGACUCGUUCAAGAUCUCCAAGGAGGUCCAAAUCCAGAGGCAAACGAUCUCAAUCACCAAGACCAAGAUCAAAGUCCAAUGACAGGAGAUGGUGUCCAUCGACUUCCAGAGGAUACUUCAGUAAGUUUGUGAGGACACGCAGGUCACCCGAUUGGCGGAGAAGAUCCAGAUCUCCUGUAAGGAGGAACAACAGCAGGACGCCUGAGCGCCUCACAGAUCUGGAUAAAGCACAGUUGCUAGAGAUAGCAAAAGCCAAUGCUGCAGCCAUGUGUGCCAAAGCUUGUAUCAAUUUACCUCCAAAUAUGAAACCUCUUAUUUUGCCCCUUGUGACAAAAAUAGAAAAAAUCACCCAAAAAUCAGUUUGCUCAUCAAUACAAGAACUCACAGAGAAAUGCAAGAAAAUUGUUGAAAGCAAAGACGAUGAGAAUGAGUCGAGUAACAAGCCUCAUGUUUCUGAUGAAGAGGACGGACCUUUCAUCAACCAACCGUUUAAACUCAAUGAACCCAAACCCAUUUAUUUCAGCAUAAAUAAUCCAGUACUUAAACCAUAAUCCAGAUACCCACACCAGAAACCUUUUCAGUUGCUGUCUUAUGUCUACAGCAGUGAAGAUUGAUCCAGCUCUGGUUUCCAGUGAGCAUUUUGAUACUGGGCUGUGCAUUUUUCAGAGAAGUCUACUUGAAGCAACCGGACAGUCUUUAUUUGCUUCUUCUUUCUGAAAGCACGAUGCAGUUUUAUGUUUUGAGGAAGGAGUGGAUCUAACACUUCAGCCAUUUCCCUCAAGGUUGAAAAAAGCAUCCAAAAAAAGCAAGCCCUUCUUCAAAUGUUUAUUCAUCACUUCUCACUUAAACCAGGAUGUCGACCAUACUAGUAGCUCCUACACCACAGCAGUUGGAAGUUAUUGCUCUCUCGUGCUUCAUAAUGAGGAAACGUGUAGUUUUCAGCCGCUUGUCGCAAACUGUAGUGGUCCUCUAACUGAUGCAGACUUUGGCAUCGCCAUCCAGCUCACAAGAGUAAAACAGAAGAGGCAUUUUCAUUAUACUAAAGACUUCUCUGUGCUGCUCAAGCCAGGACCAGUACAUACUCUGCUCUGUAGUUUGCAAGUGUGUGCGUGUGCUUUUUUUUUUCCCCCCCCUUUGCUACUAGGGGUAGUUUUUCAUUUGAAAUAUACUCAUCAACAUGUAAAACAUUUUCAGCUAUUGUUUGACAUCACUGAUUUUAAAUUUUAUGUAUAUCGUCAUUUCAGAAGUUCCUCAUCUGAUGUGUCCUCUGGUAAUAAAAUUAUUCCGCUGACAUUCUGUGCUUACAUUUCUCAAUUCUCCUCCUGCCCAGCCCCCUCCAACCCCCUCAACUCCUUGCUAUACCUUGAAGGUACUGAUUCAUGUCAGGAUAUUGUUGCCUAGACUAGCAGUGCCCAUUUGUCAUGUUUUGAGGGCAGACAGUGAGUGUCGGCAGACUGUUUGAUCAUUGUCAUUGUAGUCCAACCCAAUGUCCACCGAGCUGGAUUUGCAGGGUUGGUUGGGCAGUGAUCAGGAGUUUCAGACCUGCUACACUGCUAUCCUAGCUGAGAUCAAAUAAAUGAAUGCUGGGAUUGAACCUGGCGACCUCCUGAGGUCUGAGGGUUCAGUUCUUACAGCAGGUGAUGUAUUUCACCGCUUACUUUCACCAUUUCUUUGCCUAUAAUUUUCCUCCCCUCAAGACCAUUAAAUUCUGUAGCUUGUAUUUCUUCACUCCCCCUCCUUUUACUUUUGUCAAAUAUUUCUGUCAUAGGAGGGAGCAGUUUUUCUUUGAAAUUUUGUUCUAAUUCGUCUUUAACCCCCUCCCCUCCACCCCUCACUUCCAGAAGUUGGCGACUCCUACACGGGUACAGUUGCGCUGUUGUUAGCAGUUCUCUGUACCUUGCUAGAGAGCCCAUCCUUCCACACGAGUGUCUGGAAACAGUGUAGUUGAUUUCCUUACCCGACAUUGAUGUUGUGUGUGCGUGUGUGCAGUUUUAAUAGAGUUUCUGGGUAGUGGUCAGGAGAGAAACUCACCCCUUCUGCCACACUGGCUGAAAUCGGCUAAUUCAGGAGAGAAUCUAAUAAAGGACAGAAUAAGGAGUGGGUCUCAAAACGUUCUGAUCUGUUAUGACCCAGUGUUGCAUUAUUGCGGUGUGUUUAUCGUAUCCACAAGAGCCACCAGUGAAGCAUAAAGAGCUUUUCAAACCUGCUUUUUGUAUUUGCUUUGCAUGCUAUAUAUCGCUUCACCAUGUGAGUUGGAGGGAGACAGAAUUCUCAACAGUAAAUAUAAUAAAGUAUUUGACGUUUUAAAAACAAA